UGCCCGUCACAUCCGUUCAUCUCAGUGAAGCCACAGAAGCUUGAACAUGUCUGGACGAGGAAAGACCGGCGGUAAAACCCGCGCUAAGGCCAAGACCCGCUCCUCCCGGGCCGGGCUGCAGUUCCCGGUGGGCCGCGUCCACAGGCUGCUCCGCAAGGGGAACUACGCGCACCGCGUGGGAGCCGGAGCUCCGGUGUACCUGGCCGCUGUGCUCGAGUACCUGACCGCUGAGAUCCUGGAGCUCGCCGGGAACGCGGCCCGCGACAACAAGAAGUCCCGCAUCAUCCCCCGCCACCUGCAGCUCGCCGUCCGCAACGACGAGGAGCUCAACAAGCUGCUGGGGGGGGUCACCAUCGCUCAGGGCGGGGUUCUGCCCAACAUCCAGGCGGUGCUGCUGCCCAAGAAGACCGAGAAGGCCGCCGGCAAGAAGUGAGCCGCGCCCCGGUCCUCACCACCACCCAACGGCUCUUUUAAGAGCCACUCACCGGCCCUGAAGAGCUGAUUGUCCCCCUUAGAAACACCAGUUUACCGCUGCAACACAAAGUACAGAUCCUGGAUCGUCCAGUGAUCCUCAGUUCAUUCAGACUCACUUCAUGAGUAACAUCCGUUUAUAUAAAGAACAAGAUGGAGAAAGAUGGAAGUCACAGGUUCCACCAGGUGAUGGGACCUUUGAUCCUCCACCAGGUGGCAGUGACGUGUCUCCAGGACCUUUGAUCCAGGCUGAAGGAACCUCACUGGAAACUGUCCUGAUCUUAUGAAACUGUAUUAAACUAACUUCUGUCCCGGUUCAGAACAAGAGGAGAACAUGUCUACCACUAGAGAUGAGAUGUUAGUGACCAGCACACGUGAGGAACAUCUCAGUAUCUUCAGUCUGACACUUUCUUGUAACUCGGCCCAACGGGUCCAUCAGACCUGGUUUGUGUCUCCAGCAUCAGGACCAGUUGGGAUCUGUCCUCCUGAUCCAGUGUGAGAUGUUUUUAUGGUCUGGAGCAGGAUUAUCAUCAGUUACAUCAUUCACGAUGUAACUGAUGAUAAUUUACUUUAUUCAUAAUUAAAUUAAAAGAAGUUUAACUGUUAGGUUCUUUACUUAAUGUGUCGUAAUAAGAAACGUGACAAACAAAUCAGGUUAAACGCUGAAGUAAUAAAGAAUGAACUUUGUAACUCCAGCAGAGAUAAGUUAAACUCAUCUAAAGCUGUUUUACAAUGGAAGCUUCUUCUUCCAGUGAAUGAAACUAUGAGCCGGUAUUUCAGUGAUUUGUUCUUUAAAACGACACAAAGCGAAUAAACAAGGAAAUUAUGUGCUUUUAUUUCACAACACGUGUCAAAUAUCAAAGUUUUGCUUGUCAUUAAUAUUUUAAAGAUAUUUGUAAAGUGAAAACAAAUUUCAUUUCCCCACAAACACAACUGCGUUAGACCACGCCCACUCGGAUUCGCUCAUUCGGUCCUCUGUUACGUCCGCAGGGGAGACGGACGCAAUGAGGGUAUUUUCAUCUGAGAACCAACUGAGGGAGAAGUAGAACAAGCAGAACUGAACCAGGGUCGAGCUCCAGGUCCUACAUUCACCAAACAGGUUUAUUCUCUUCACUAAAAACUCAACCGUCAUAACUUAUAAGAAAUAAACACCUGCAGACGUGUAGAUACAAUCUAUUAAAUGAAGAAACUCCAUGAUGGAAGAAUAUGUUGGUGAACUUAGGAAAGCUUUUUAUAUCUAAAGAAUAUAUAUAAACCUGGUUUUCAAGUUUAAAAGUUCAGGGCUUUAAACCAGAUUUAAUAUAUAUAUAUUCUAAAAUAUUUGGAGAAAAGUUUAUUUGUAUAAUAAGUGUGAAGCUAAGUCUGUUGUUAGUUUUCAUGAUUAAAAUAUUCAUUUGACAUUUUCACCAUAUUUGGAUCUUUACUGUCUGGGGAUCUUUGUUGUACAUUUUCUCUGAUCAAUUGUCUAUAGUAAAAAAUGUUUUACUUUUAAAGCGGAAAA